GAGCACAAUGCCAACAAUAAAUCAGUUCGAAUUAAUUGCGAUCAUGAGGUGGUAUUUGUUUCUCGUCUCUGUCGCUUUCGCGCUUGCUAUGGCCUCGACUGGGCUGGACGACGCAAAGUCCGAGAAUCUAUGCGAGCUGUGCUUCUGCUCUGCCAGGACAUUGAGGUGCGACUUCAGGCAUAACCGAACGCUAUCGCGCAUAUUUGACAGCAAGUACUAUGUGCCACCCCAUAUAACCAGCUUCUAUGUAGAUCUGGCAAAGAAUACAGAAUUCGAGGUGCAUAAUGGCCUCUUUCGACAGAAUCGUGUCAAUAUGCUAAUGAUCGAGGGGCAUAAUGACAGCAAUCAAGUGGAGUUAACGGCAAAUUUUCUAGGUGGAAAUCAGGCUGGCUAUCCUGAUGUGCAAAUACACGGCGUGGGUCACUCAUUUCUACGCCCCGAAGCUUUCUCAAAUGGCGAGAGCAAAUUGAAUAUCGAGAACAACGAAUACGUAGUAUUAUACCCGAACUGUUUCAAGAACAUGAACAUGUCGUGCACAUUGACGAACAUCAAGAAUCUGGAGAUCAACGAGAACUACAAUCCCAGCACAGAUCGCAGCUCCAACACAAAAUUAAUUAUCGUGAACUCGCACAUCAACCAGCUCAACAGAAUUGAUGCAUCCAUCAAUAAAAUUAGCUUUACAAACUGCACGAUUGACUGCAUUCAGAGCAACGCGCUGGAUGUGACCAACGUGAAGCAGAUCAAAUUCGACAACAGUCGGAUCGGGACGAUCGAAUCGAUGGCCAUUCCAAACAAACUGCUCAGUGACUCAAUUUCUUUCAUUGGGAAUCAGAUCGGUAUAAUCAGAAGCAAGGCCAUCAUGGGCAGUGGAACGACAGUCUUUUCGUUGUCUAACAACACCAUCGACCAAAUAAUGGACGAUGGUAUCAUAGUGAAUUGUGUGGACGUUGUGAUAGUGGGCAAUCGAUUUAAGCAUAUGGGCAAGAAUUGGAUCAUCAUGGACUACUGGUCGCUUUCGAUGAAUGAAAACGAUUUCGAAAACUUUCCGCCCAUCCAGUUAAGCGGAAAUCACAACCGGCGCACGAACUGUACGUUCGUCAACAAUUCGAUUAAGAAUCCACAGCCGAAUAGUCUCAACUUCGACUGUCAGGUGCGUGCCACAAGUGUGGAUCAUAUCUGUGGCUGCGAUGAUUUGCAACAGUUUGUGCCUACACUAACCGAGCACGAUAUUGGUGCGGAACUAUACUGCCAGCUGCCCGAACGGCUCACGAAUUGUUUUAAUGCCACCCAAAUGAACAUGAGACGCUAUGCAAAUGAGGUCUGUGUCAGGAAUCAGACCGCCCUGAAAUGCGUUGAUGGCAGCAAAUUGGAGCGUCACAAGGAUGGCUUCUACACGAAGGAGGAACUUGAAGAGCGUCGCAAGGGCUACUCAAUCCUCAAGAUCCUAGCAAUUGGUGCUGCUGUAGCUGUAUCAGCUUUAGGAGCUAUCGUUGUCAUUAUCUGGUGCUAUACAUGUCAAAAACGCAAGAAGAAGCAAUACUGCAGCUUCACCCCCGAAAAUCUGGAAAAACUGCAACAAGAAAUUGACCGCGUAUCAGAGAACGCCGAAAAUAUGAAGAGACAACUCAAGAAACUUAUAAGUAGUAAGAACUCCGUCAAUCAAUGCCAUGAUCAAAUUAUGGAAUUAUUGAAUCUACCGAUGCUCCCAAGCGAUGUAAACAAUAUACUCAAAAAUCAUCUGAAAUAUAUCCACAAUGCAAAUUGGCCCACUGCUCCGGCAGUGACCAAUAACGAAUGUAACAGUGUUCCAUUGCUAUAUUUUACGCCAUUCGAUGUAACGGAAUCGCACGUGUACUCGUAUCCCGUCAACACAGCCAUUGAUGAUGAGGACGACAUGCCGCCCGCUUACGCGGCCGUAGAUGAGGUCGAGUAUGCCAUUCCCCACUGUUUGCCACUACCUCCAUCCCAACAGCAACAACAGCUGCCGUCCACAAGCAAUGCUACCUAUGCCACGCCUGUUUUGCAUCCGCCCAUUCGAAAGCCACCCGUAGUGGCAACUCUGCCGCCAGAGGUGCCACAGAGACAGAUGCGGGAUCCCAAUCAACUGAUCUCGGCGCGUAAUAAGAGCCAGCAGCAGCCAGCACGCCAUACGAGCCACAAUAUUAACAACAACAGCAACAGCAAUAACAACAACAAUACUAGCAGCAGCAGCAGCAACGGCAGACAGCAAACCUUCCAAUAUUGUGAUGGGGCCGCCAGCCUGGCGGCAAUGGAGCAUAUGGAUAUAAGAGGCGCUGCUGCCUUACCGCCGGACACAAACUCCGACCAUUCCGGCGGAAGCGAUGAGACUGUCAAAAUCGAUGAUAUAGCUUACGCUGAUGCAUAAUUAUUUUCA